GUUUAACGUCCUUGACGAGGUUUUUGAGGUUUGUCCUAUCAGUUGGUGCAUGUUAAUACAAACAAAUAACUUUUCGGAGUUUUCAUAAUCUCAAGUUUCUUUUUCAAUCGAUCAUCAUUUGAUUCUUAUGGCCGGCGUGUUGUUAUACAUGAUCUUCAGUGUACCAAACCCUGAAAAUUGGGCUGAUUUUCAUAGACAUCUUCAGGAUACCUAAUUGGGCUGAUUUUCGUUGCGGCGCUGCUUGUUUUGUAAAGGACAUGGCUAUUGAUACAAACGAGGCAUUCCUCUUGAUUUUGGGUCUGCUUCUACUCAGAGAAUGCUUCUCCGUUGCAGAUGAUACUCUUUCGAUGGGUGAGUCACUCUCAGUGUAUACUAGCGAUAGACUACCAUCGGAUAAUGACAAGUUUGAACUCGGAUAUUUCAAACGAGGUAAUUCUUCAAAUAUCUACCUGGGGAUUUGGUACAAAGGGAUAGAAGACCGGAGGAUUGUUUGGGUAGCAAAUAGAGAAAACUAUUUGUCAGACCCAUAUACUUCAAGACUCGAAUUCUCCACUGACGGCAAUCUAGUCCUCCUGCAAGAUUCCUCGAAGAUACCAUUUUGGUCCACAAAUUUGAGGCAUCUCCCGUCAAAUUCAACUGAAGCAGCACUUCUUGGUGAUGGGAAUUUUGUUUUAAGAGAUAGGUCGAACCAUUCUACUAUAUUUUGGGAGAGUUUCGAUCAUCCAACUGAUACAUGGCUGCCAGGUGCAAAGCUUGGAAUCGAUAAGGUAGGAAACGUACAGAAGCAGCUUAUUUCAUGGAGAAAUUCAGAAGAUCCAUCACCGGGUGUGUUCUCGUUCGGUCUAGACCCAAAUGGAGUCAUUCAAUUGAUCUUAGAGUGGAACAACUCCCAUGUUUAUUGGAGUAGUGGAGUCUGGGACAGUGAGGAAUUAACAAGGGUUCUAACAUCUUCGGCGAUCUACAACCGUACCAUAGUUUUGGUGUCAAAUGAAAAUGAAACCUACUUUACUUAUUCUUUCACUUCCAACAUUUUAAUUUAUCCACAACUUUCGAUUACUUCUUUUGGACAGAUCAAGGAAAUUGGGGAGCCUUUGGUGAUCGAGCCGUCGAUUGUACUUCCGAGAUCACUAUCAACUGUCUAUGCAUUGUGUGGUGCAUUCGGUAUUUAUAACAAUAAUUCAUCUAACCCUUGUGAUUGUCCAAAAGGGUUUGAACCAUUUUCAGAUACCGAGACCAGACUAAACGAUUGGUCAAGUGGUUGUCUAAGGAAACACCCUUUACAAUGUGAAAACCGUAAUGGCCAAAAAGAUUGGUUCCUGAAAAUAUCAAACGUGAUAUUGCCUGUUAAUUCGAAAGCAUAUACGCCACUGAGUGCUAAGAGAUCAUGUGAAUUAGCUUGCAUGAAUAAUUGUUCUUGCACGGCUUAUGCUCAUAACAGCAACGGGUGUAUGAUAUGGGACAGAGCUCUUUUGAACUUACAGCGUUCCUUAGAUAAUGGUGAGGCAGGACAGGACAUAUAUCUCAGACUCUCUGCCGAAGAGCCUCAAAAUUCCAAAGGCAACAAAUGGGAAGUAUGGGUGAUUGUGGCCUUGCCGGUCCUUGUAAUGGUGCUAAUCUUUUGCCUCUCAGUUGUUUUCUCAAGCAAGGGAAAGCACAAAUGCAAAGGAGAUGUGGUUUCAAGCAAUGAUCUACUGUUAUUUGAUUUUAAUACUGAACAUCAUGCAAUCAAUGACGAAACAAACACUAGAGAUAAUGCGACAAAAAGUGGAAAGAAAGAUGUGGAGUUACCGCUAUUUAGUUAUGAGAGUGUAUCAGCUGCAACCAAUAAUUUCUCAAAUGCAAAUAAGCUUGGAGAAGGAGGGUUUGGACCUGUUUACAAGGGGAAGUCACUUAAGGGCCAAGAAAUUGCAGUUAAAAUGCUUUCAAACAGAUCUACACAAGGGCUUGACGAAUUCAUGAAUGAGACAACACUAAUCGCAAAACUCCAGCACAGACACCUUGUCAGACUCUUGGGUUGCUGUAUGGAAGGAGAUAAAAAAAUUCUAAUAUACGAGUACAUGCCGAACAAAAGUUUGGAUUUCUACCUUUUCGAUCCAACCAAGAAAAAGAUGCUAGAUUGGGGGACACGCAUACACAUUAUUAAUGGGAUUGCUCAAGGACUGCUUUAUCUUCAUCAGUAUUCAAGGUUAAGAAUCAUACAUAGAGAUAUGAAGCCCAGUAACAUUCUUUUAGAUGGUGAAAUGAACCCAAAAAUAUCAGAUUUUGGCAUGGCUCGAAUAGUUGGAGAUAACAAAGCACAAGCAAAUACAAACAGAGUUGUUGGAACUCAUGGCUACAUGUCGCCCGAAUAUGUUAUGGAGGGUUUAUACUCGAUAAAGUCUGAUGUGUUUAGCUUUGGAGUAUUGCUACUAGAGGUUGUGAGUGGCGAGAAGAAUACAGGCUUCUAUAACAGAGAGUCACUCCACCUUCUUAGCCAUGCUUGGGAGUUGUGGAGAGAUGAACGAAGUUUGGAGUUAAUGGAUUCAAUGAUAGGGCGUCCUUCUUCCGAGUGUACCAUAGUGAGAUUAAUUAACAUUGGGCUACUUUGCGUUCAAGCAUCCCCAUUUGAUCGACCUACCAUGUUUGAUGUGGUUUCAAUGAUGAGCAAUGAACAUGCACCUCUACCUAUACCCAAGCAACUUGCCUUUACCACAAGUCAGAAUGCAAUGCACUCGAAUCCAAAGAUUAAUUAUGCAGAAAAUUGCUCAAUAAAUAGUGUAACUAUUUCAGUGAUGGAAGCUAGAUCAUGAGUCUACUCAUUUGCUUAACAGAAUUUUUUUUUGUCUAUUUUUCA